CUGUGGUUAAUAUGUAAACUACAGCAGAAGGGAUGAAGAUGCCCACGGGAACAUUGGACCCUGAUAAAGUGCUGAAUAACUGGACACUAUAAACAGUUUGCAUUCGUGAAAAUGGACAGUGGACUUGUUGGUGCUGGAAAACAGCUUCUCCAUGUGGACAUCUAUAUUGAUGAACACCAACCUUCUAGAGGAAUCCUGGCUCUUUUGAGCAGACUUCGUCCCAACUGGAAGGCACAAGACAUUCAAAUGAAGACAUUCACAGAAGGCAUCACCAACCAGCUUAUUGGCUGCUACGUGGGCUCUCUCCUGGAGCCUGGUUGUGUCUUGGUGCGACUAUAUGGCAAAAUGACAGAGCUCUACGUGAACAGGGACCAUGAGGUGGAGAUGUUUCAGAUCCUCCACGCACACAGAUGUGGUCCUGAAAUUUACUGCAGCUUCCAGAAUGGCAUCUGCUACGAGUUUGUAAGAGGAACUGUGCUGGAUGAUAAACUGCUUCGGCAGCCGUCUAUCUACAGAUUGAUCGCCGCAGAGAUGGGGAAAAUCCAUUCGAUCCAGCCAAAAUCCGGUCGGCCAGUCAAACCUGUGCUGUGGACAAAAAUGUCUCAUUUCCUCAAACUAGUGCAGAGCAGUGUCAGCAGCAGUCCAGCUGGGCAGUGGUACAUAGGCAGUUCUGCAGAUCUACAAAAGGUGCCCAGCUUUAAGACUUUGUCACAGGAAAUGGAGUCACUGAAGAGACACCUCUCUGAGAUUGACUCGCCAACUGUCCUCUGCCACAACGACCUCCUGACAAAGAACAUCAUCUACAACGAAAAAGAGGGAAUGGUGAAAUUCAUUGACUACGAGUACGCCGAUUAUAACUACCAGGCCUUCGAUAUCGGCAAUCACUUCAACGAAUUUGCCGGUGUGAAUGAUGUUAACUACGACCUCUACCCGAGCUGGGAGCUGCAGAGGGACUGGCUGACGGCCUAUCUGGAGAGUUACAAGCACAGCACUGGACGUGAGGUCACAGUCACGGAGGCAGAAGUUACGCAGCUCUACAUUCAAGUCUGCAAAUUCUCUCUUGCAUCCAGCUUCCUCUGGGGUCUUUGGGCCAUCCUGCAAUCACGUUUCUCCUCGAUUGACUUUGACUUCCAAAGAUAUGCCACUGCACGACUGAACUUCUAUUUUGAGAAAAAAGAGGAAUACUUUGGACUGGCAGUGAACUAAUUAAUCCCUCUACUUUUGCAGAACAAUUAUGUGUUUCUUGUGUCAAACAGUGCUGUGGACCAUAUGUCAGAUGGUGGAAAUGGAAAAGCAUAGAAUAACCUUAUAAAAGUGCUCCCCAUAGUUUGUUAUUUCAGGCUGUAUAGUGUGACUUAAUGUGUUUUGCUAUCACUGUGAUUUUUAAAAUAUUUGUUUUACCACAGUCAGUAUGCCGAUAAGCCUAUUUGGCAAAUUGAGAAGAGGCUCGUGCCAGAAAUGAAUUAAUUGUUCCCACAUUCAGCCGAGUCACAUAAAGCCACAAAAAUUGAGCUUGAUCAUAAAACACAUAAGAGGGUUAUUUGCAGGCUUAUUCAGUGUGUACCACAGUUCUGGUGGAAAACAAGCUUUCAUUUCAACUUAUUUACUGUACCAAGGGCAUUAUUUUAAUGUUUCUCUUUCAGAAUGACUUGCUAUAAAAAUAUCAUGUGUGACUUACAGGGUGUUUGUUAAUGUUGCCAUAAAAGGAAAAUUUAAGAGAAAAUCUUAUUGAAGCUGUCACUGUGUGAAGACAGGCGAAACUGAAUCAGGAGUUACAUGGUAUGUACAUGAACCAAAAUGCAAUGCUGACUGAUAUCAGUGCUUUAACAAGUGGAUUUUACUUACUCUGUUCAUUUAAUAAGGUAAAAAUGUACUUUAACUCCUAGUAGUGAUCUGUUUUUUAAAAAUAUUCAUCAAAAUUUAGGCCCACAAGCAUUGUAUGAUCUUGGUGUAAUCUCCUUGAAUAUGUCUCACAGGAUGUUAAAAAACAAUGUAAUGUAUAAUGGUUUACUAAACAAAAAGCAGAUUAAGGGAGCGCACACUAGGGCAAAUCUGUAAAUAAGCAAUUUAAAAUUGUUAUAGCAUAACAGGCACAGCUGUAAUUAUUGCUUUUUUUGUCAUAGAGACUUGUAGGAAUAACUAACCAUUCACCCUUUUACUUAGAUUUAAUUGUCAUGUGCCAUGCAUAUACAUAAACAAUGAAAUGGUUAUAAUUGACCAACAUCAGGGAAUUUGAUUGAAAUACUUUGCUGUUUGCUUUUCGGCUCAAUUCAAAUGCACUUAUAUAUCUCCAAAUCAGAACAACACUCGCCUCAAGGUGCUUUAUGUUGUAAAGUAAAGACCCUACAACAAUAUAUUUGAAAAUAAAUAAGAGGUGUUAACAGGUACACUAAAGCUACUAGCUGAGGACAUAUUAUUGUAAAAAUACGUUCUGUCAUGCAUUUAAGUGCACUUAAACUGUAAUUAUGAGGCAGAUCGCUCACAUUUUUAUGCUUCCAAAGUAUAUAAAUAACAGAACAUAAUGAUAUAAAGAGACAGAAAUGAGCAGUGUGAUCCAGAUUCAACUUUGUAACUGUAAGAGCUUUUCAAAUGAAAGCUUUCUUUAUUUCACUGUUUAAAAGAAUCUGGUAUUGAUCAAAAGUGCUACACUGAUAGUUCAUAUAGGUAAUGUAAUUCAGUGUUGUACCACAUGUAUAUGAUCACAUGAAAUAGAACUUCAAUUGUAGUAGAAAACAGAGUAAAGGCCAUUAAAACAAUAACUCAGGCCAAUAUCAGGAAGAUGCUACCCUUUCUUAUGUGCAGCAUAAAGCAGCGGAUUUGUCCUCACUCCUAAAAAUAUUGGUUUAGUGAGAAUACAGCCUAAGUAGAGCGUGCAAGAACUCGCAAGAACAGAAAUAGUUACAUGCUAAUAAGACAACUUCAGCUCUUUGUAGCCUUCUGCACAGACAGCACGCUAAUGCAAAAGUAGCAACAAAAAACCCUAGGAUGUUAAAGUCAUUCUGUGAAAUGAAAUAACAUACUGAUUACUUUUAAGAAAAGUAAUUGGUUAUGUGUAACACAUUACCUUUGUUGAGUAACAACAGCAAAACUGAGUAGAGUGAUGUAAUUCUGUUGUGAAUACUUGUUUAGGCUAAGGCAGGGUGGAUGGCAGAGGCUCCAUAGCUCAUUAGCACAACUGUCUGAUUCUUAAAAUCAGCAAAUACUUUUUCAGUAUUUGACCAAAACCACAGUUAAUUUUUCUCAAAUGUUCACCAAGUGCUUAUGGCCUUGUGAUAUAUCUCCCACUGCCACAGUAUUUUCACAAUUGUCAAAACAGUAUUUCCAGAAUUGUCAAAACAGUUUCACCACAAACUCCAUUUAAUGGCUGUUCUGAAGUUUUUGAUCCUAUCACUGUAUCUUCAGUGGAUGGAGCAGCUUAGAUGUCAUGGAAUUAUCGAUUUUUCUAAGCACUUAAAGGCAACUCUAGAGAAGAAUGUCUGCAUUUGGAUGAUUCACUAGAACCUCAGACUAUUUUGUUUUCUAACAUUUGUAAUGUCAUUGCUCGGAUUCUGUAACAGCAUCUGCGGAAUAACUUGAGGGUAGAGAUAGCUUGAAGUUAUGGCACAUAAAAUAUCAUUAGGGAAUAGUUAGGUUUGGGUAAGUCAAGGCUGGUUUUUAUGCUUUGGCUCUGUGGUCUUACGUGUUAUUUAGUUUCAAGGUACCCAAAAAGUGAGUGACCUGUAAGCAGUGUAGAAACAGAUGAAGCUACUGUGAUACCUGCUGUAUGUAUUCUCUCCAGACACAGAAGGUUUGAGAAAGACAUCACAAUAUGAUUGAUAAAAUCGUGAAGCUAAGUGAUACCAAACUCCUGUAUUAAAGUUGGUCUGUACACCACCCCAGCUUCCA